AUGAAGGUAUCCGCUGUGUUUGCCCUUUUGGUGGCUGUGGCGUCGGCGAUUCCCCAAGAAGGAUACAACUACCAGGCGCCAGGAGGUCAGGGAUCCCAGUUCCCGACCGGGGCGGGAGGGGCACAGUACCCCUCCGUGCCCGCCCAGUACGCCUUCCAGUGGGACGUGAACCAUGAGCCUUCAGGGAACUUUUACGGCCACAAAGAGCAGAGAGAAGACGCUAACACUCAGGGAAGUUACUACGUCCAGCUGCCCGACGGUCGACGUCUUCUGGUCGAGUACUACGUGGACGCCUCCGGUUACCAUCCCACCGUCACCUUCGAGGGAGAGGCGCAGUAUCCUUCAGGAGGGAAUCGGGGAUACGGCCAGUCCGACUACGUGAUUCCGACAAUGCGACCAUUAGAAGACACAAAUGUACCAUGA